AUGGCGCUGCACGUGCCCAAGGUCAUGACGGCGCUCGUGCGCGCCCUCGCCGCGGGCGCCGCCGCCGCCAACGGCAGCAGCAUGGCGAGCAGCGGUGGAGCGGCGGCAGCGGCAGGAGGCACGCCGGGCGGUGGCGGCGGCAGGAGCGCGGCGUCGCUGCACGCGGCGUGCGCGGACGUGGUGGUGGAGAUGGCCACGCACUGCGUCGCGCCCCCCCACGACCCCACUGCCGACUCCGCAGCCGCGGCGGAGACUCAGAUAGUGCUGGCGGCCAUCUGCGACCCGCUCGCAGCGGAGCUGGCAGAGCAGCACCACCGCCACGUGCAGCAGCACCACGCACCGGGGGCAGGCGGGGGCGGAGGGGGCGGGGCGGUGGCAGCAGGGGGCGCGGAGCAUGACGCGCUGGCGGGCGCGGCCAGGUGCCUGCUGGCGCUGGUGCAGGCGGGCAAGUGGAAGCAGGCGAGUCAGGUGCCCAAGGAAUCACAGGAGGGGGCGUUCAAGGCGCUCACAGCAGCGCUGGGCGGCGUGCACCGCCCGCUAGCGCUGCUGCAGCUGGCAUGCGACCUCUGCCACCUCGACGCCUCGCUCGCCAAGGUUGCUGCCUCUGCCACGCGCCAUGUGCCUGUGUCUGCGUCCUCUCCACUUGCGUCCUCUCCACUUGCGUCCUCUCCACUUGCGUCCUCUCCACUUGCGUCCUCUCCACUUGCGUCCUCUCCACUUGCGUCCUCUCCACUUGCGUCCUCUCCACUUGCGUCCUCUCCACUUGCGUCCUCUCCACUUGCGUCCUCUCCACUUGCGUCCUCUCCACUUGCGUCCUCUCCACUUGCGUCCUCUCCACUUGCGUCAUCUCCACUUGCGUCCUCUCCACUUGUGUCCGCACUCCAGCUGCACUGUGCGUGCCUCUCACUUCCCGUGCAUCCCUCCUUUUGUCCGCACCCCUUCCCUCGGUGCCAGUUCCACGCCAAGACGCUGCUGCGGGCGGGCAAGGAGGUGCUGCGGGGGGCGGCGUCCGUGGAGCACCGCCUGUACGCCGUGCGCCUGCUCAAGGACGCCAUGCGCAGGUGGGGGGCGAGAGGACGCCAUGCGCAGGUGGGGGGCGAGAGGACGCCAUGCGCAGGCCCUGUGUGCCGAGCAGCCCGCACGGGGUUUAAACCGGACGACUACAGCGAUGCCUGCCCCACGCGCCCUGCACUCACGCGGUUCAUUAGAGUGUCCGCCUGUGCUCGUCUUGUGGCGCCCUUGCAACGCCACAGCAUCACCCGGGCAGCCACACUGUGCAACUCUGCUCUUCGCCUCCAUUACUUCGAUCUGCCUGCAUUUAUCCACGGAAGCUCCUUUCUCCCCUUGGUCUCUAAUUUCCAAGCCCUCGUGCACUGGCCUCCUGAUGCCCCCCCGUGCCCCCAGCAGCUGCAGCGCGGCAGUGUUUCAGGCGGAGCUGAGGGACGUGGUGGCGCUGCUGCGGGAGGCCGCCAACCACCCCAAGCUCAAGCCCGACGCGCUCGCCGCUGGCAAGGCCAUCCAGGACAAGAAGGUGCGCCCCUGCGCUGGCAGGACAAGAAGGUGCGCCCCUGCGCUGGCAGGACAAGAAGGUGCGCACCUGCGCUGGCAGGACAAGAAGGUGCGCCCCUGCGCUGGCAGGACAAGAAGGUGCGCCCCUGCGCUGGCAGGACAAGAAGGUGCGCCCCUGCGCUGGCAGGACAAGAAGGUGCGCCCCUGCGCUGGCAGGACAAGAAGGUGCGCCCCUGCGCUGGCAGGACAAGAAGGUGCGCCCCUGCGCUGGCAGGACAAGAAGGUGCGCCCCUGCGCUGGCAGCACAUGUGGCCGCCUGCGGCAUGCGUUCAUUCAGAGCGAUUAGGCGUUGCCGCUUGCACUGCCUGCCUGCAUGCUGGGCACAAGACAGGCACACAGGGCGAGGCGGUCGCUCUCUGUCUCCUCAUUUCUCUUAUCGCCCUCCCGGCCCCACACGCCCCGUGCGCCCAUCAGAAGCACUGCCCCAGGCCAGGCGCCACGUCCUCAGCCAGCAAGGCAGCAGCGCGCUGGCGCCCCGACACUGCCCCGCGCGCGCCACACGCCCACCCCGCGGACGGGCCUCGCCAUGCCACGCCUGGUGCGGGCAGCAGCAGCAGCAGGAGCCCAGCGUGGAUGGGUGGUGAGAGCGACGAGAGCAAGGUGGGUGAGGGGCGACAGCACGGGUGGCAGCAGGAGAGGCGGGCAGAGGGCGAGGGAGAGGGAGAGGGCCCCACGUCGCCCACGCACUCAGCUGCAUCCUCCUCCGCUGCCCGCACCGCGCCCCUCGCCAUUGCCCCUGCCGUGCCUGCGCUCGCUGCUGCACGAGCUGCCUCACAGCCAUCGGAGCCUCCUCCACGCGACCCCACGCUCUACUUCACCCCCCUGCCCGCCCUGCCCCACCACGCCUCCUCUCUGCACUCCUCCACACACGCAGCAGCAGCGGCAGCAGAAGCGGAAGCAGGGGGGGCGCAGGGAGCAGCGGCGUCAGAGGGGAGUUGGGCGUUCCAGAGUCCGCCAGGGCAGUUCACGGCCUUCCAGGCGCGGGGCACCGCCACCUUCACCACCACGGCGGUGCACGGCAGCGCCCUCUCCGCCACGCCGCCCCCCUCCGCGCCCUACUCCGCGCGCUCGCCCGCCUCCCUCUCACACCUCGGCCCCUCGCCCUCCCUCUACCUCGGCCCCGGCGGUUCCACUCAAAGGAAAGCUUUUGUCUCCCCGGGCCCGGACCAUGGUGUGGCCAGUGAGAGCCCGGACGACAUGCGGUCAGUGCGGCGGAGGGUGUUUGAGGAGGAGAUGGGGGCGAGGGAUGUGCCCCGCAGCACUGUCUCACCUGACCCCGUGCCCUUUGGCUCCGCUGGCCAGUCGUUUGACUCGAAUAUAGUGCCACAUGAGUUGCGUGAGCACGCAGCACACGAGGCAUGGAGGGGCCCGGGGGGGAGAGGAGCCAGAGUGGUGGGGCAUGGGGAGCAGGAGAAUGCCGGCGCUGGGGGCAGCGGGCACAAGGCCAUGGGGCGGGCUGCUGCUGCCAACGGUGCUGGCAACGGUGGGCGGGAGUGGAGCCCCACGAGUGAGAGCAGCAGGGGCAACGCAAGGAGCAGCCUGUCGCCCAGCACGAGUGGCGAGGGCCGUGAAGCGGUGCGAGGAGGCAAGGCCAGGUCGCCACACAGCCGCGGCAACUCGCCCCUCUACGAGCUCGCUGCUGCCUUCGUGCGCGCCCGCAAGUCGCCCGACCUCUCUGGCAGGCUCAGCACGUUUAGCCUCACCUCCGGCAGCCCUGACCAGCUGGGGGCGUACCGCCUGGGGGGCAGCAGGAUGGCGGGGGGGGCGCUGGGCGGUGCUGCUGGUGGGGGUGGCGGCAGAGGGAGCCCCAUGCGCAUCACUCUCUCAGGUGUGCCCCCAUGCGCAUCACUCUCUCAGGUGUGCCCCCAUCGUGCUUUCAUAGACUCUGCCAUGGCCCCAGACUCAGCCCAUGCGGGGCUCUACUUGGAGCGCUCGCGCCACUUGACCUCGCCCUUGCCCUCGCCGCCCUCGCACUCACAGCCACCAGGCAGCCGGCAGGUGGGCACAGGAGGGGGUGUGGGGAAGGCGUCAGGGCAGGCGGGCUUCCUGCUGCACCUGCCCCCGCAUGCCGGCACAGGCGCCAGCGCACAGGGCGCACGCGAGGGCAGCAGCAGCAGGGCACGCGAGGGCAGCAGCAGCGGGGCACGCGAGGGCAGCAGCAGCGGGGCACGCGAGGGCAGCAGCAGCGGGGCACGCGAGGGCAGCAGCAGCGGGGCACGCGAGGGCAGCAGCGAGUGGGAGGGAUCAUCGGGCUUCUGCCGCCUCAUCUCCGACGCUGAGGUGGCCUUCGCGCUCGCCAGCAUGCGCGCCACCCACGCGCUCUCCGCCCUCAGGUCUGUCUGUGCCGCGCUAGGCCGCACAGCACAGCCCUCUUGUUCUUGCACCUCUCGGGGGCGCUUCCUCUUCCUCAUGCUCUCCACCCUUUUCAUCCCCGCACCCCGUCCACGCUCCUACCUUUCUGCACUAUUUGCCCUUCCCCCCUUAUGUCAACAGCCUUGCCUCUCCCCCCAUUCUCCUGCCUUGCCCAUCAGCAGCAACCCCUCAGGCGGUAGUAAGGACGGCAGCCGCAGCAGCAGCGCCAGCAACGCCCACCGCGCCACGCUCCCCAUGGGCUCUGCGCCACCACCGCUGCACCGCACGUCUGAGCCGCCCCCGCCCUCCCACGCCCAGCCCUCCACACCCCUGCUCUUCGCCCCGCCUCCCCCCCUCCCACCCACCAUGCAACUCGCCCCGCCCUCCCAGCCCGUGCAGCAGCAGUUGCAAGGGCAGCACAAGAGAGGCUCAGGGCUGGGGCGGGUGCACAAAGGGGAUGAGGGAGAGAGUGAGGAUGGGCAGGGGGAGGGGCAAGGAGAGGGGCGGGAGGAGGUGAGUGGGUUUGGCGCGAGCUGCCUGUCCCCGCCGGGCAGCAUUGGCCGCUGGACGCUGCAGGGUAAGCCGCCCCCGCCCAUGGCCCUCUUUAUGGACGGGGGGAGUGGCAUGACGUCCGCACGGGAUAGUUUGGCAUCAGGAAGAGGCAGUGCCACGUCAGCGAGGGGCGGAGGGGAGGUGCAGCAUGUGGGUGCGUUGCAGUCGCUGUGUGGCAGUGUGCGGGCGAGCAGGGCAGGGGAGACUGCCAGCAAACACCGAUAUGUGAGCACACCGGGUCCCACCUCUCCCUCUCCUCCUCACGUCUCCCUCUCCUCCCCACCUCUCCCUCUCCUCCUCACGUCUCCCUCUCCUCCCACCUCUCCCUCUCCUCCCCACCUCCCCAUCUCCUCCCCACCUCUCCCUCUCCUCUCCACCUCUCCCUCUCCUCCCCACCUCUUCCUCUCCUCUCCGCUGCCCCUCCUUCCCUUGCUCCCAACCUGUCCCUCUCAAUUCCACCUGUCCCUCUCAUUUCCACCAAUCCUUCUGCUUCCCAUCGUUCAUUUGUCACUCUCCUACUCGUAUCGCCCACCAGAGUCCUAUCCCUUGCCUUACAAUCAUUGCUCCUUUUCCACAAAGAGCUAUUCUCCCCACGUUUCCCUUCCGUUGAUCCCUCUCUUGCACUUGUCGCUCUCCUUGUGCCAAUCCAUCUCUUUUUCGCUUCCCCUCCAUUUCCGUUCUCCACCUACUCGCUCAUUCGUUCUCCACCUACUCGCUCAUUCGUUCUCCACCUACUCGCUCAUUCGUUCUCCACCUACUCGCUCAUUCGUUCUCCACCUACUCGCUCAUUCGUUCUCCACCUACUCGCUCAUUCGUUCUCCACCUACUCGCUCAUUCGUUCUCCACCUAUUCGCUCAUUCGUUCUGCUCAUCUGCUAUACCCCAUCUCCAUCCUCUCCCUCUCCUCCCCCAUUUCAUCCCAUGGCUCCGCCUGCCUUGUGCCCCUCCCAUCCUUCCGUCCCACCCUGCGAAUCAACCCCAUCCUUUUCUCCAGCCUCAGACCUACACCUCCCUCACUCUGCCUCCUCAAACUCUGCUCCGUCCCCCCAUCCCCCCAUCCCGCAUCCCCCCAUUCCCCCAUCCCCCCAUUUCCCCAUCCCCCCAUCCCCCAUCCCGCCAUCCGCCCACCCCCCAGGCGUCCCCCAUCCGCGCGGAGGACCUGGAGUGCCCGGUGCCGCUGGCAGCGCUGGCGAGGAGUCUGCAGCACACGCCGCUCAGUGGGGACGAGGUCGACGUGCUUCCCCCGCCCUCGCCCCACCGCACCUCUUGCACUCCCAGCGGCGCCCAGGGCACCGGUGGCAGCAGCAGCACUGCUCUCACCGCGCCCACAGCAGCCAGCAGCACGAGCGGCAACAGCGGGUCUCCUUCCCCUCACAUGAGUGGCUGCAUGGAUUGUGGGCGGUGGAGCAUGCACCACAACCCCAUGGCUGCCCACGGCCUCACAUGUGAGGCGCCUCCCAGCAGGUUCGGUGUGCCUGGACUUACUGCGAGUGGGGAACACGUGGCAGAGAGUGCUGUGGUCAAACCUGCACCUGCCACUACCACUGAACCUGCUGAUGCUGAUGAUGCUGUCACUGGUGGUGCAGGCGAGGGCGCGUGGGAGGAGGAGGUGCAGCAGGAGGUGAGGGUGCUGGAGGCGAGUGAGAGGGAGCAGCAGCAGGCCGUGGCACAGCUGGAGCAGUACGUGGAGGAGGUGGGGGAGGGGAGGGGCGAGGAGAGGGAGGGAGGUGCAUGCGUUGAGGAGGUGGAGGGAGGAGAGGAGUGUGGAGGGAGAGGCAAUGCGGUGGGGGCUGGCACAGAGGGGAGGGAGGACGCAGAGGGGAAGGGAAAGGGCCAAGGGCAGGAGUGUGAAUCAGUGAGUGAGGCAGUGGGGGUUGGGGCGAAGUUGAGGCAAGGAGGGAGCAGCGAGGCGUGCAGCGGUGGUGAGGCGCGUGCUGUGCGUGCGAGUGUGAGUGGCGGUGGUGGCGGGAUGAGCAGCGGUCACAGCAGACAGGCCGAGCGACAAGUGGGGAAGGGAGAGAUCUGUGACGGGGAAUGGAGCCGCGAGACCACUGCUGGGGACUGCGACACGGAUGGGGGUGAGGGGGAGGAUGGAGAGGAGGGGGGAGGUGAGGUGGUGGAGGGGAGGGGAGUGAGGGCGUGGGUGGUGGCGACGGUGACAGCAUUGGAGAGGGCGGUGGAGGGGGUGUUGCAGAUGGUGCUGCUGGCUGCCGUGGUGCUGCUGCUGGCCGUGCUGGGGGGCAGGCUGGCAGCCGUGGUGCACACUGAGGGUGGCGAUGUCCAUGACUUCGUGCCCACCUAG